AUGUCUAGCAAGCGCGUAUGUGUGGUCUGUAUAGGACCAACAAUCCUAUUUCUGACUCUGCUUGUCUGUUUAACAAAUGCUGAAAAGUAUUUGCUCUACCAUGUACAGCCAAAUGAUGCACGAGGAAUGAGGGAGUUGCGAAAACUGCAAAUGCAGGAUCACAAAUAUCAGGUUGAUUUCUGGAAAGAACCCAAUCAUAUGACAGAUUUUGCCGACAUUAUGAUCUCAUCGAAAAAUGCCCAUGAUAUGGAACGUCUCUUCCGACGAGCUAAUAUUGAUUUUGAAAUUCGUGUACCAGAUGUGGAAAAAUUGAUUAUUCGAAACGAACGAACUAGCACAAGACGACGACCAGCACAUGGGCGAUUGCAAGAUGAUCCAAUUUUGGACAGUGAACCUGAUGGUGAUCAAUCGCGAGUCGGCAAGUUGAAGAAAGCCAAAUAUUCAUUCGGCGAUUAUGCUUCCUAUGCUGAUAUGAUGAAAUACAUGCGCACAAUCGAGUUCUACUACCCAAAUAUAACAAAAAUAGUUCGCCUUGGUGUCACACAUGAAGGAAAACCAAUAGAAGGCUUGAAGAUUGGCUAUCCAGUAUCUUCAACAAAUAAACGAGCAAUCUGGAUAGACGGUAACAUACACGCUAGGGAAUGGGCUAGUAGCCAUACAGCACUUUAUUUUAUAAAUCAGCUUGUCUCUGGUUAUGGCAAAGAUGAUACCAUAACCCAUUAUGUAAACAGUCUUGACUUCUAUGUGAUGCCUUGCUUGAAUCCAGAUGGAUAUGAAUAUACGAGGUCAUCGCCAAAUCCCAGUGUUCGCCUUUGGCGCAAAAAUCGCUCACCAGAAAAGUGCCAUCGCUCCUUGUGGGGUGGAGAGAAAUGUUGUCAAGGCGUUGACUUGAACAGAAACUUCAAAUUUCACUGGGCAGAAUCCGGCUCCUCGUCUGAACCAUGCUCUAAUAUCUAUCAUGGCGAACAAGUCUUCAGUGAGCCGGAAUCACGCGCUGUGCGAGACUACCUGGACUCGGACGAGUUACGCGGCAGAGUGGACGGCUUUAUAACGUUGCACUCUUAUGCACAACUGUGGAUCUAUCCAUACAGCCAUGCACAGCAAAAUUAUCCGGAAGAUAUUAGCGAACUACGUCGCACAGCACGUCGCGCCAUCAACAGAUUACAUCGUCAGUAUGGAACCGAGUAUCGCAUGGGAACCGGAGCGGACACAUUAUCGCCAGCCUCCGGUGGAUCAGACGACUGGGCGAAAGCGAAUGGUAUCAAAUAUGUGUAUCUCGUGGAGCUGAGGCCAGAAUAUGAAUUAUCUAAUGGAUUUAUUCUGCACAAAAAAGAGCUGAUUCCUACAGCUGUGGAAACAUUCGAAGGAGUCAAGGAAGUUAUUGAAGCAGUUCUCGAACACAAUAAAAUUCAACGAGAUCCACUGUCUCGCAUUGCGCCACAACUUCGGAAAAAACAAUUAUAUCGAAUGCAGUUGUUGGGUAUUGGCAAUAGUUUGACAACAACAACCACGCGUCGCACUGAAGCGACAACUAGCACAAGGCCGCCAACUACCACACGAAGGACAACAACAACAACAACAAGUAAAAACGUUCAUUUUGCUAUUGAUUAUGCAAAAAUAUUGUUUAAAGCGACAACCACCACAACAGCUCCGCCUCCGACAACUACGACAGAAAUCGUCACUGCUCCAACAAGAGCUCGUCCUUGGCUUACCCAUAAACCACGGGAAAGACCGCCACCACCAAGGGCGACUAGAUGGCGUAGCAUGCAUUUCUUCAAAUACACAACAACUGCGGCUCCGCCUACGACAACUACCACAGAUAGUCCACUAAGCACGACUGAGGCCAUUGUAAGCAGUGGUGAGGUGGUAACUGACAUGCCAACACCCGAAGAACUGGUGGUGACAACGACGGAACAACCGGCACUGACGCCAUCGUCACGACGUACCACGGAGAUCGUCUUUUUCACGCACACGCGACCGUCCACCUUCCGAGAUCCGAAAUGUCGUGACAUGCGCUAUUCGUGCGCGUUUUGGCUCGAGCACAACCCCGACGUAUGUAAGGAACAAGAGUCGUUUAUGAAGGGUCAAUGCGCUUACACAUGCAAGUUCUGUAUCUCCGAAAUGGAUGUGGCCGAUGAAGCCGCUGCCAUCGCAGCCGAAGCUUCGGGAGUACAUCCCGGCAAAAAAUAG